AUGGCUAAAGGGGGAUUAUUAAAGACACAAUUGAAAAACUUGAAGGAAAAGGAGGCUUCCGAGCUUCCCAAGCCAAAGCCUUCCAAGGAGAAGAAGGAGAAGAAGACCCAGGUGCAACAAGUGAUACCUGAAGUCAAGCAACCAGUUGUGGAGAAGAAGGCCAAAAAGGAAGACCAGUACCAAAGUGAUGCCUUAUCCAAGAAGGAACAAAGAAAAUUGAAGAAAUUACAGCGUGAGCAGGAAGAAGAAGAGAAGAACGCUAAGGCUGAAGAUGACUCUGAAGAAUCCGAUGAGGAGUUGGAUUUCGACAAAUUAGCUGCCAGCGAGAGCGAAAGUGACAUAAAUGGUGAUGACAGCGACGACAGUGACUCUGAAGACGACGAAGAAGAUGAAGAAGAUGAAGACGAAGAAGAAGAGGAUGAAGAGGCCGAAGAGGAUGAAGAAGCAGAAGACAUCCCACUUUCUGACGUCGAACUCGACUCCGAUGCUGAUGUCGUUCCUCACACCAAAUUAACUAUAAAUAACAUGGCUGCAUUGAAGGAUUCCCUCGCUCGUAUAGAAUUACCAUGGGCCAAGCAUUCAUUCAUCGAACACUACUCCGUCACCAGUGCCGAUAAGACUGAAAUUUCGAUUAAGGACAUUUACGAUGACACUGAAAGAGAAUUAGCAUUCUACAAGCAAGGUUUGGAUGCCGUCAAGCAAGCCAGAAACACCUUGUUGAAGUUGAAGGUUCCAUUUUCCAGACCUGUGGACUACUUUGCCGAAAUGGUCAAGAGUGAUGAACAUAUGGACAAGUUGAAGACUAAGUUGUUGAAGGAAGCUGCUGACAAGAAGGCCUCCCAAGACGCCAAGAAGCAGAGACAAUUAAAGAAGUUUGGUAAGCAAGUUCAACACGCCACUCUUCAAGAAAGAGCCAAGCAAAAGAAGGACACCUUGGAGAAGAUCAAGACUUUGAAGAAGAGAGGUGCUAGUGAAAUGAACGGAGAAGACGAUUUCGACAUUGCCCUUGAGGAGGCCACUCGUGACGACAGAGGAGACAACAAGAGAGGUAGACCUAACGGUAAGAGACUCGCCAAGAACUCGAAGUACGGUUUCGGUGGUAUGAAGAGAGGUAAGAGAGAGAACGAUGCCAAGUCGUCUGCUGACGUCAGUGGCUUUAACUCCAAGAAGAUGAAGGGCAAGGCUCCAAGACCUGGUAAGAACAAGCGUUCCAGAAGAAACUAAUUGUAUUUAUAGUGCAUAAGUAGAUUAUGAUAUUGGUAUCAGAAUCCUAUAGUUCAAGAG